AUUCGCCAUUAGGUCCUUGCCAAGCUGAAGUGACAGUGGGCAUUUUUUAUCCGUCGAUAUCGAACCAUUUCACGGGAUCCCGUGUACCGUCCAAGAGGUGUGCAAUUGUGAAUGUAUUUCGGUACAGGCGAUAGUCCCGUGCAAUGACGAGACAAGUUUUGUUCACAUCGUGUAUCAGUAUCAGGAAACAUCGAUUUUGGCUACAGCAAGGACAAGUGUCAAAAAUGUUGCGUAGGCGUAGGAAUAAACUGGAAUAGGCUACGGACAAUGUUGUGAGUUGCGAAAAUCAUCCUCUACAUAGGAACUCCUUCCUUCCUGCGCCAAUGGGCAGGAGGAAUCGUAAAAAAAACUACAACAAAUAGUAAUAACCCAACGAGACACUAUCUAGCUGGCAACAGUAUAACAAGUCAACGCCUCGGACCCGUGGACUGUUUGGUGAAGGUGGGCAAUGCGUCAAGCCAGUCAACUGCUCCACAUGUGUGAAGAUGUUAUUUCAGAGUACCGUGUCUCGGAGCGGUUGGAAUGGUCGUAAAGUGCUGCCAUAGUAACGGGGAUGGAAACAAACGACCCGCAAACAUAGGAAGCGCAUAAAAUUCUCCACAAAUCUGUCUGCUAGGAAUGAACGAUUUGAAUCGAAAUCGAAGAAAAGCAAAAUAGGCACACCCGCUCCGUACAAACACAACAUCGCUGUAAGUCAUAUCGUCAAACAAACUCACUCUUCAGCAACGAAUUAACGGGGUGUGCUGCCUAUGGCGUCGAUUUACAGCUCCACUCAGGUGGAUGCUUAUUUUUCCCGUUCCGGUGCAGACAGGAAAUACUGAGUGUUGUGAGAGGUGUAUUUGUGUGUGAGUGCGUGAGUGAGUGUGUUCGGUACUGCUGCAAGUGCUCUGAUGUUGGUGUUGCCUAUGGCUCUACAACAAAAGCUCCCAAAACACAUCCAUCCGUCACUGGGUUGAAGUGGUGUAUCAUCAUGUUGUUCAGUGGCAGCGGCAGCUGUAGAAGCAGCAGUAGCAGCUGCUGCAAAGGGUGCGCAUGAAGUAAAGUGGCGUAAUCGGAGUUGGAGGAUCGAUCAGGAAUGCAUUAGUGUGUCUAUUUACCACUGGUGCCUGCACAGUGUUGUAAGUGCGUGUGUGUGUGUGUGUGUGCCCGUAGGUGUUUGUGAAUGUGAUCAUAUGUGUGCGUAGGUUUAGGGCCUGUGAGUGAUUCUAUCGUUGUGUGUGCAAACGAGACAAGCAGAUGCGAAAAGAAAAGCGCCCAUCGGGGAAGCAAUGUGAUCCACUGUGAGCGGAGCUAUGGUGGUGUACCGUGGGAUCUAAAAGCUGCAGUGUGACGACAGUGAAACAUAGCAGCGAGCGAAAUUGCAUUUUGAAACGAUGAAAAAAGGGUUCUGUUACUGAAGGGUUUGCCCAUCGCCAGUGACCAGUCUAGUGCACCGGUUGCAUAAAAAAGGUUCCACGAUAGCACGCGCUGGUGUGACGGCGCAAAGGGAACAAGAAGAUAGCUGCAAUUCAUCAUCGUUGCACAUGGGCCAAAUGCGGUCCUGCAACUUGUGUACACCUGAGGACGUUAUCUUUUGAUCACGUUAGCAAAAAACAGGCAAUUCGUGGAGAAAUACGACUGUAAGAAGCAGAACGAACGAACGAACGAACGCCGACGUUCCAAGCUCAAAUUGAAUCAAGCAGAUCGACUUUCUCGCCCUGCAGCCCACAACAGCCAGAUGAUUGCUUGUUUACCCCAUCGAAUCGGCAACGGAACCCAGCAGCUACGCGGCGACAUGCCAGGAUAAAGGACCCGGGGAGGGAAGCGUGAAACCCAAUCACUAAUGUACGAGCCUGCGCGGGGAGCAUGGCGGACGAAAGCGCACAACAAAUCACGCACACAACUAGCAACAGCAACAGCAGCAGCAGCAGCAGCAAAAAAUCGAAAGCAAAAUAAAUAAAAGGACCCUGGUGGAAUUUCGGUCCGCCGCAUUUACCAUCGCAAGUCGUCGCAUCGCAUCAACGUCAGGGCGCUGUCGCAUUCAACGAACUCAGUGAAUAAAACGAAACCACCUCCACCGGCAUCCGCGAACAUAAUCCGAAAUCGAUCGGCCACAACAUAAUAAAAAGCAAGUUUGGCAGAACCGCAGGACGUUGCCGCGCGAAAAACGUACUCGCCGCGCGGACCAACCAGUGUGCGGGGGAGAGAUUAUCAUAAAAUUAAAUCAAACGCGGCUCAAUUUACUUACUCGCCGGAAUCGCUGCCCCGUGGCCAUGUAUCCGUCGUCGCUAGUGUUGGUGCUGACAUUUGCUCAAAUCGUGCUGGUGUUCGUGGGCAACCGGGGAGCGACCGGAUCGCGGCCCGGCUCCAGCCACCGACUGGACGUGUACAUAGCGGGCUUCUUCCCGUACGGGGAGGGCGUAGAGAACGGCGAGACCGGGCGCGGUGUCAUGCCUAGCGUGAAGCUAGCGCUCGACCACGUGAACGAGCACUCCACCAUCCUGCGCAACUACCGGCUGCACAUGUGGUGGAACGAUACGGAAUGCAAUGCGGCCGUCGGCAUGAAAUCGUUCUUCGACAUGAUGCAUUCCGGACCGCACAAGCUGAUGCUGUUCGGGGCGGCCUGCACCCACGUGACGGAUCCAAUUGCCAAAGCCAGCAAGCACUGGCACUUGACGCAGCUGUCCUACGCCGACACGCAUCCGAUGUUCACCAAGGACGCGUUUCCAAACUUUUUCCGCGUGGUACCGUCGGAGAACGCGUUCAACGCGCCCCGGCUAGCGCUGCUCAAGGAGUUCAAUUGGACGCGCAUCGGCACCAUUUACCAGAACGAGCCGCGCUACUCGCUGCCGCACAACCACAUGGUCGCCGACCUGGACGCGAUGGGUUUGGACGUGGUCGAGACGCAAAGCUUCGUGUACGACGUGGAGGAAUCGCUGCGCAAGCUGCGCGAGAAGGACGUCCGCAUCAUCUACGGCAACUUCAACGAGUUCUGGGCCCGUCGGGUGUUCUGCGAGGCGUACAAGCUGGACAUGUUCGGUCGCUCCUACCAGUGGCUUGUUAUGGGCACGUACGGUAACGAGUGGUGGGCCGAAAACGAUACCGACUGCACGGUCGACCAUGUCACGACGGCACUCGAGUCAACGAUCCUUGUGGACCUGCUGCCGUUGUCCACCAGCGGGGACAUUACCAUUUCCGGCAUUACGGCCGACGAGUAUCUGACCGAGUACAACAGCCGACGGGGUGGCGAAUAUUCGCGCUUUCACGGCUACACUUACGAUGGUAUCUGGGCCGUUGCCAGCGCCAUUCAGUACGUGUCCCAGCGCAAGGAACACUCCCUGACACACUUCGAGUAUCGAAUGAAGAACUGGGAGGACAUAUUUUUAGAAGCGCUCAAGAACACCAGCUUCGAGGGAGUUACGGGUCCGGUGCGGUUUUACAACAACGAGCGAAAGGCGAGCUUUCUGCUGAAGCAGUUCCAGAACGGUGCGGAAGUAAAGAUUGGCGAGUACAGUUCACUCACCGGGCGGUUGGAUCUGAGCUUGGGCCAUCCGCUCAAGUGGGUUGGCCGAAGCCCACCCAAGGAUCGCACGCUACGAAUUAUCGAACACAGCCAGGUGAACAUCACCAUCUUUGUCGUGUUAGCAAGCACCUCCUGCGUAGGCAUUAUAAUGGCGACCGUAUUUCUCGCCGUCAACAUUACCUUCCGCAAUCAGAGGUACAUUAAAAUGUCCAGCCCUCAUUUGAACAAUCUCAUCAUCAUUGGCUGCAUCCUCACGUACUUGAGCGUAAUAUUUCUCGGCCUCGACAGUGGGCUGAGCAGUGUGGCUGCGUUCCCAUACAUCUGCACGGCCCGGGCCUGGUUGCUAAUGGCCGGCUUCAGUUUGGCGUUCGGCGCCAUGUUCUCCAAAACGUGGCGUGUGCAUUCCAUCUUCACCGACCUGAAGCUCAACAAGAAGGUGAUAAAAGAUUAUCAGCUGUUCAUUGUGGUCGGUGUGUUGCUGGCGAUCGAUCUGGCGAUCAUGACCACCUGGCAGAUAGCCGAUCCAUUCUAUCGCGAAACGAAGUACAUCGAACCAUCGGAGCAUCCGACACUGGAGGACGUGAUCAUCGUGCAGGAGAACGAAUACUGCCAGUCGAGCAAAAUGACCAUCUUUAUCGGUGUCAUCUACGCGUACAAAGGGCUGCUGCUAAUCUUCGGUGCCUUUCUUGCAUGGGAAACCCGCCACGUGUCCAUACCGGCACUGAACGAUUCGAAACACGUGGGCCUGUCGGUGUACAACUGCGUGAUCAUGUGCGUGAUGGGGGCUGCUAUCGCGCUCGUCCUGUCCGACCGAAAGGAUGCCAUGUUCAUACUGAUAUCCGUGUUCAUCAUUUUCUGCACGACGGCCACACUCUGCCUGGUGUUUGUGCCAAAGCUGGUGGAACUGAAACGCAACCCUAGCGGGGUGGUUGAUAAAAAGGUACGUGCCACGUUGCGUCCCGUCUCGAAGAACCGCCGUGACUCGUCGGUCUGCGAACUGGAGCAAAGAAUGCGCGACGUUAAGCAGACCAAUUGCCGCUUCCGGAAGGUGCUGAUGGAGAAGGAAGCGGAGCUGCAGGCGCUCAUCAAACGAGUUGGCCCGGAAGCACGGGCUUGGAUUGGGCUGGAAGCGUCCUCGUCUGAGCCGGACAUUAACAAGGAAUCGGUCAAGGUGCAGGUGAAAAAGGAUUACGCAAGUGAAGGAACUGACUUCACAUCCAUUGGCAGCGUGGGUUCAAGCAAUGACACACUGGAUUCGGCAGGACCUGAAAGUCGUAAGCAGAAGAAAACUACCGUAGUCCUGCCCGGGGAAGAGUUGCCGGCCACGGCGGCAGCGUCUGGUUCGCGUGUCAAUCUGGCGACGGCUAUAACAACGAUGGCAGUGGGGGCCGGCGCCGGAGUAGCUUCAAUUGCCGCGGUCACAACCGGAUCCGUAGGGCAGGUCGGACAGACCAGCCAAGCUACGCAGGCCACCAGCACCGUACACAAUGCAGCAGCACAAUCCCAAGGACCGGCUGUCACGGCGACUGCCAAGUCAACACAGGCAACUGCCGCGCAAACCAUCAACGUUAGUACGAGCGUACCGGUCGAUCCGAGCAAACCCAUGUUCAACGACGUCCGGCGGGAGUCUGUGUCGGCUAGCUCCAAGUGGUCUCCAGGGCAGGCGCUGCAUCACCAACAACAGCAAACACAAACUGUGGAACAGCACCGGCACUACGACGAUGAGCGUACGACGAACGGUCCAACGACGGUCGCGAGGUUUAGCGCGCAAGCGAACAGUAGUUCUACAACCUCCACCACACAUUCCAACACGGAACUGAAUCAACUGUGCCAUCACUCAAAAACGAGUGGUAAGAGUAGAGGAGAUUUGAACAGCGAUGGAUCACGGCGCGUCAGUGUACAGAUGACGUCCUCGCUGAAGGGUAACUUUGUGGUUUCCCAGAGUGAUCUUUGGGACACGCACACGCUAUCACAUGCCAAGCAGCACCAGCGACAAUCGCCGCGAUCGCAUCAGGGCUCGAGUCGCUGUCCCGACCAUGGACAUCUAAACCAAACGCCACAGCAACCACAGCAGCAGCAGCAGCAGCAGCAGCAGCAGCAACAGCAACUGCAUGCUCAACAGCAAUACGAUUAUGACAAUAGUGCAACCACCUCACCAGGGCCAAUCCAACGAAGCGUUUCGGAAAAGAAUCGCACCAAGCAUCGGCACAAACAGCAGCAUAAGAGUACAGCGUGCCAGAGCGAAACGGACAGUGAACGGGAGCAGCGCGACUAUCAGAACUUUUCUUCGUCCAUCUGCUCGACGGCGGCCAGCUCGACGGCGACCGUCUCCAUGGUCGGCAGUACGGCCGGCGGCGGUAGCGUGAGUGCCGGCGGGUACGUUACACCCAACAAGAUGUCGUCACGAAGGCUAACCAAGUCGCAGCAUUCGCACCAUCACUCGACACCGAAUGUAGCACCGGGGAUGGAGCGAGCAGGCACGAUGGAUCGCAAGCACCGGACGAGUGAUUCGCGCGGGACGGCCGAUGGCAGCACGGGCGGCAGUGUCGGUGGACACAUUAGCAAGCAUCGGAAAAAGGAGGGCUCCGCCUCGAAGCCAAACCUGUACGGUGCGUGCUCAGAAUCGGAGCUGCUGGAUGGUGAAACGGCCAUCCUGCCCAUCUUCCGCAAGCUGCUUAACGAAAAGGAGUCUAGGUAUAGAGCAAGAAAUAUGGUAGGCGCCAGUUGCCCUAAUAUAUCGAUUAAAUGUGAUAUUGUUGAGUAUUUGUAAACUUUCCACGCGGCAACGUUUAUCAUAUAAAAAACGCUCCUGGCCAACAGAGUACGAUCAACGCGCUGCUCAUGCGCUAGGCGUGCGAGAGAGUUAGUACUUACUAAUAGUGAAGUACAAUUAUCCGGGUCCGUGAUCCGCCAAAAAAAAAAAAAACAAAUAAUCGCGUUGAACGAAAUAAACCAGAAACGACUUGUGUCUUGACUUCGUAUGUGCAGAUAGAACGGAUGUGAUUUGGGUUUAAAACGUAGUUACCUGUACUAAUUUCCUGUCCUGUUUCCUUUCUUUGUCACUGUUAUUAGACCCACUCCACACUGCUGAGAACAGGGUAAUUAUCAAGUUUCUGUAAACAAAAAAAGGAACAGUUACGAGCAUUGUAGAUAUCAAGGCAAAUAUUCGAAGGAAUUGUACGGAAGAAUAGCAUUCGAUAAAAUCUUACCUGUGUGUUAGCGAUCAGUAAAGCAGUAUGUACAUACUCUGCACGUAAGCUCUGUGACGUUUAUUUUUUUUUUUGGGGGGCUGGGGACCGAACAGAAAAAUGUAAAACUCAAUGUAAAAUAAAUAGACAACAAACGUUAGGAUAGAUUGUUUUGAUAAUUGUGACUGUUAGUGAUUUAACCGGCAAAGCAAAUGCUAGUAAAAACAAAAUUAGGAUAGAUUGAUGGUUAGAAUGGCCGUGCGGGGAGAAACUGUAAUGUUGGCAACUCUCUGCUGCGCAUUCCAUUGCACUUGUACUUGCACAGCUGGGUUUGCACAAUGCCAAUGCAAAUGUUCAAACGAUGCCGGACAAGUACCGUUCAAGGGUAAACACGUUUUUACACGGUUUUUGAUACUCAGAAGAGUGUUUUUGUUACAGUUACUGUAGACUGUUAGACGGCCAAGGUGAAAGACAAAAAAGUGUGCAUUGAAUCGUGUGUUGAAUUUGUUCAUUUAUGUGCAAACAUAAUAUGACAAUAGAUUUAAAAAACAUUUAAAGUAUAGCCGAACCCAUGCCCAUGUCGGAAGGUAGUACGCGGGGAGUGAGCAACUCACCCAGCAGGCUGGUAGGUUGGUCCCUCAUAUGUAAGCAACAAAUAUGUAACAAUUGACACACCCGAUCUUUACAUGUAGCCGCGUUGCGAAGGGUUACCAGCGAAUGGUUACUUGAUCUUACAGGUGAGAUGGGUGUUUAUGCUCUGUUUUGCAUGAUACGUGUUAUUAAACGCCGUUUUUGUUUCUUUAGAAACGCAAGAUUUCUAAUUCUCAUUUGCAAGUUCAACGAUCUCCAUAUCGAAUCGAUGUUUAAGGCUAAUAUGAUAAAUUUUGGAUGACUUAGAAAUUAGACGGCUGAGCGAAAUGUCCAGCACGUGCGCCAUCGGCUAGGAAAACAGAACACAAUAUUAAAUCGAGGCAUACCUUAGUGAGCAUAUGUCAGCACACUGAACUGGACUAUGCGACUAAAGAUAGACGAAGCACGAACAUACGAACAUGCAACAACGCAGAACAUAGUGCGGAAUGUAAUGUAAAGAAAUUAGAAAAAUUAAUCAAUGCAACUGAAAAUAACCGAAAAUAUCAAUCAAUCCAGACUGUGUUCGUUCAGCAAGUGCUAGACGUACUAAGGGGGGGGUGGGGAACACAACAAAAAAAAAAACCCCUAAAAGAUUGCAAUUGUAAAACAAAAAAAAGUAUUUCUGCUGCGACGAACAGCGAUGUCACGUGGAACGUGCUCAGGUGUGGCGUUGUUGCCACAAGGGGAAAGCAAAAUCCGAUAGCAAGUGAAACUAAGAUCCGCGGAGCAUUGGACUAAGCGAAACUUGGUGAACAUAAGUACAAUCGUCUUCCUACUAUUACUACACAUACAACACGUGCACAAAAUGCAGCCUAGCCAUUGUGUUAUCAGUUUUACCUUUACCCCCGUCACCAACUUCACCACUCUAUGUCGAGUAAAAUCACAAUCAUUCAUGCACAUGCAAAACCACAAACAAACAAGUCACACUGACUCAACUUAUGCACAUUUUGUAAAAGUCGCGAACAUUGCGAACAUAUUGUUGCCCCACCCGUAUACAAUCAUCUUUCUACUAUAGAUGGUUGGAUGGCAUUACAAGAUACUACUUUGUACUACACAAACCCAAGCGCACUCGAUCGAUGGUGGACUACGAUCGAAAACGAAUUAUGCAGUAUGGUAGGGGGGUUUGUAAUUAAACAAAAAACAAAAACAAAAAAAAUCAAACAAUAACACACUUUACACACAUGCACGCACACGAACACAUUUGAAUGCACCGAAAUUGUAAUUUUCAUGUCAAAUUGAUGUUGUUAAAGUUUUAUUUUAAUCUCUUUUUCCAUCAUUUCGCUACAUUCCUUCAUACUCUCGAUGGAUACCUGCCAAUGAAUGUAUUGGGCGGAUUGAAAUGUACAUUAAGGCGAGUAAAACGCACAACAAAAAUAAUACAAAUAAGUUAAUUUAUGUUAAAGAGAUUCCGCUUUACCGGAACCCAAAAGCGCAUCGCGCACUGAUGCACGCAACGUAGUGAAAUGGAAGGAUAACGCAUUGCACUGCAUGCGCAAACCACUUCAGUUGCGUAAAGUUUCAGUUUUUGCAGAAAGAACGGCUGGCCGUAUUGUUAGUUGCGUUGUGUGAGUCGUAUUUAGAAGGGCAACUAAAAUUGUUAAAAAAAAAACACUUGUUUAAUGUUUGUUGUAAGAUACAAAGGGCAGACCGGCCAUUUUCGGACAGGGUCUUUGCUUUGACAAAAAUGACAAAUCUAGUUUUCUAUCUACAGUUUUGCGUAUCGUAAGUGUUUUGUUUAUAACAAAAAGAAAAUGCAUAAACUGCAAUGCUUUGCUCAUUGCAUCCACGAACCCACAAAAAAUAUACGACAGCACAAAAAAAGCAAAACAGAUUUGUUGCUAAUUUUCAUCGCAUUUAAUCCAUGCUCAUCGAACGAAGUUAGACGUAUAUGCGAAUGAGUUGUUUAUCAUUAAAUCUACUAAUAAAGCAAAAAAAACAUCAGGGUUGCGCGGGACUGGUUGACAGUAUAUACGAUAAUGCUGGAGCGUUAUCAUGUGCAUGCACAGGCUGGAAGAUUGCCCAGACAAAAGUGGUCGUAAUAAGUAAGUGUACAACAGAUGCGUUGUACUAGCGAAAGUAAAUGCAACGAAGACCCGUCUCAAGUGUAGAAAAAAUCAGGUGCGACGUUUUGCACAAGGACAGCACUUGCAAAACAAAAAUAAAAUGUUAGGUAGGACAACACAGCUAAUGACACUCAGUAAACGAGUCAACCAAACUGAACACACACAUUUGUGAAUUAGUGGGCGUGUGGGUUUUUUAGUGUAGGCUUGAGAGAUCCUAGAUCAAUUAAAAGGCUAGUCGACUAACGUAGGAAACAGUCUCGUUGAGAUAGAAUCGUUGCAAACACGUUAAUUAUGUAUGUAUCCCGGAGGACACACCGCAAUGGACACUCUUGGGUGAGUUGUACUUAUGUUGAGAAUGUAUCAUGAGCGAUACGCUGAUCAAUUCCGUUUUAAAUAGAUAAAAGGCUAAAUAAACACGCUUUGGCCAGUCAAUCGAAAGCUCAAUAGGAACGUAACGCGCAAAAAGCAGUUUACAGUAGGAUGAUUUGUUUCACUUCAAAUUAAUGUAUUGUUCGAUUGGUUAAACAUAUGUUAAACGUUUCAAAUAAAAUGUUGAUUUUAUUUUCUAAUAGACAAAAAAGAGACAAAGUGCAGAGCAGUGCUAGCGCUCCAACGAAAAAAAUGUAGGUAAUACCUUCUAGCUAUACAAAACGUUACGACUAGUUUAAGAAGAAAAGGCUAGGUACAAUACUUAAAUUAGCAGCAGUAGCCACAAGAGUGAGUGAUAUGUCGGCAAAUUAAUGUAAUUAACAUUGCAACAUUCAAGCAUACAUAACAGAUGUACGUACACGUAACAGCCAAACUCGUCAAUCAUCCGCCGGUGUGUCGGCAAAGGCGCAACGCAGAAUAGUACAUUUUGUUGUAAGCGUAACACAUUUAUACACACACACACACACACUCACACACACACUCACACACACACAAACACACACACAGGUACACUGGAACAUACCGAUACAUACAUGAUGGCACUACUGCAUCAUACCAAAAAGUAUUUAGAUGACUGGUCUAGAGCAAGUAAUAAGCCCGAAGGGAGAAGCAUGGCGUGGAAAUCAUGUACUUUUAAAUGAAAAAGGACUAGACAUGUCGAUUUAAUGAAUUGGAUUUUGAGUCGGAAAUUAAUAAAACGAGCAAAAUAAUUUUAAA